CCCUUUUGCUCGACCCUUGAAUGAUCAUAUCUUCGUUCGCUAGUGAUUGAACUCUGGAUCAUCACGUCCAUCCAAUACGCCCGGCGAUCUGCGAUGACCUGUUCCAGGCGAUCUCCAAAGCAUCUCUCGAGGCCUCCAAGCGGCGCGUGCCAGUACGUUCACCGAAAGCCCUGGACACGAGUCGGGUAACGCUCUUCCUCCCCUUUUCAACCACCUGAGUAGGCCGAAGAAAGCAGCGCCAGGGGCUUCCCUUUCAUCAUCCUCACCUCACCUAAAAGCAGAGACGUUAGACGGUCCUCCUUAUUCCUAUAAAGACGGCCGCAAAUCUCCUUAAGAAGAAGAAAAAAAGAGAAUAUCAUUUCGUUGGUAGUCUCCAAACUCGAUAAUAACACUGACGAUGCAAUGAAAAGAGGCCGGCGAACAAGAUAGAGUGACAUUCCUCCUUAUUCUCUUAUCGCGCAAGAGAGCUCACUCGUAUUUCUCUUCUUUCUUUGGCCUUGCUUUUUCAUCAGUAUCCCCAAGCAACCGAUGGGGGCUAGUACUUCCAGGAAUUCGGAAAGCGGGCAUGGCGGUGGGGAGGGCCUGGACCAGGUCGGUGGGCAACUGUAUGUGUCUCUUAAGAUGGAGAAUUACAAGCUCAAUGGGGAACUCACGCCUCAUGUCUACGGCUCGGUUCCUCUUGUUGGUUCUUGGGAUUCUUCUAAAGCGCUUCCCAUGGAACGCGAAUCGACGUCGAUCUGGGAAUUGAGUUUUGUGGUUCCUCCAAAUCACGAGACACUAGAUUUCAAGUUCCUGCUGAAACCAAAAUAUCAGGCGACUCCCUGCAUUGUUGAGGAGGGUCCCAACCGGCUGCUUACGAGAGGAGCUCUACAAGGAGACAGGAGAUUGGCGUUGUUCAGAAUUAGUAAUGAUGAGGUGUUAGAGUAUCGGGUAUUGAUUAAGGCAGAUCGCGUUUCUCCCUUUGAUCUAGCUGCUAGUUGGAGGGCAUAUUUGGAGAACCUCCAACCUUCAACUGUUCGUGGAAUACCGGAUGUUAGUAUUAAUUCUGCUCCAGAUACAAGCAUCGAGAAUGGUUCUGCAGUUACUUUGGAACUCGAUUUAGAACACUAUGUCAUUCCAGCUCCAGCAAGUGCAGCCUCCACCAUGACUUAUGCAGCAAACAUGGCAGAGACUCCAAGGUCAUUGGGCCCCUCCAGAAAUUCUUCCAGCGCUGACACCACCACUACAUAUUCAAAUGGGACAAAUGAGAAUAGCCAGUCUCUGUGUUUGAAGGACAUGGAGGCCACCAUUUCAGACAAUCCGAUAGUUGCUGCUGCCCCUGGCAUGGUUGAUAAGUCAGUAGGAGCAGUUUCACCUCUUCGAAAACAAGAUGGGCAAAGGGGAUUCCUUGUGGAUAGGGGUGUUGGUUCCCCCAGGCAUGCUAGAUCAUCCAGUGCAACUAUCAUCAUGAGCGGAGAUCUUAAAUUGGAUUCACAAGUCAAGACUAUGCCGGCAGCUGCAGGAGCUGUUGCAGCAGCAGCUAUAGCUGAUCAGAUGCUUGGACCAAAAGAGGACCGUAAAUUGGCUAUUGUUCUGGUUGGGUUACCAGCACGUGGAAAGACCUUUACAGCAGCGAAGCUUACUAGGUACCUUCGUUGGUUAGGUCAUGAAACCAAGCAUUUCAAUGUUGGCAAGUACCGGCGUCUCAAGCAUGGAGCAAAUCAAUCGGCUGAUUUUUUUCGAGGAGACAACCCCGAAGGGAUAGAGGCCCGGAAUGAGGUGGCAGCACUAGCCAUGGAGGAUAUGUUAUUAUGGAUGCAAGAAGGUGGUCAGGUUGGCAUAUUUGAUGCAACAAACAGUACAAGAGGGAGAAGGAAUAUGCUGAUGAAAAUGGCUGAAGGAAAAUCCAAGAUCAUAUUUUUGGAGACAAUUUGUAAUGAUCAAAAAAUAAUUGAAAGAAACAUACGCCUUAAAAUUCAACAGAGUCCUGACUAUGCUGAUGAGCCAGAUUUUGAAGCUGGAUUGAAGGACUUUAAAGAACGUUUAGCCAAUUAUGAGAGGGUGUAUGAACCUGUAGAAGAGGGUUCAUAUAUCAAAAUGAUUGACAUGGUCAGUGGUCAAGGUGGACAAAUACAAGUGAACAAUAUCAGCGGUUAUCUUCCUGGCCGAAUUGUCUUUUUUUUGGUAAAUACCCACCUCACUCCACGUCCAAUUCUUCUUACUCGACACGGUGAAAGUGUUGACAAUGUCAGAGGACGAAUUGGGGGUGACUCUGUCCUAAGUGAAGCUGGAGAACUUUAUGCAAAGAAACUUGCUAAUUUUGUGGAGAAGCGGUUGAAAUCUGAGAGAACUGCUUCAAUAUGGACUAGCACUCUUCAAAGAACAAUCCUUAGUGCAAAUUCUAUUGUUGGUUUCCCCAAGAUACAAUGGCGUGCACUGGAUGAGAUCAACGCAGGUGUAUGUGACGGAAUGACUUAUGAAGAAAUUAAGAAAAACAUGCCGGAAGAAUAUGAAGCUCGCAAAAAGGACAAACUCAGGUACCGAUAUCCUCGAGGGGAAUCUUAUCUUGACGUCAUUCAAAGGUUAGAGCCUGUAAUUAUUGAGCUAGAGCGUCAACGAGCUCCAGUGGUGGUGAUCUCACAUCAGGCUGUGUUGAGGGCAUUAUAUGCCUAUUUUGCAGAUAAGCCGCUGAAAGAGAUUCCUCACAUUGAGGUCCCACUGCACACUAUUGUUGAGAUUCAGAUGGGAGUCAUUGGUGUUCAAGAGAAGCGUUACAAACUCAUGGAUUGAAUACGAGAUUCUGGUUGAUUCUUCAUUCAUUACCAAAAUGUAAAUAUGGAAGAAGGAAAUGUUGGUACAAGAAAUAUUUGUGCGCCAAAAGUGCCUCAUAUUAUUCUUGUCAUUUUUUUUUCCCUUCAGGGGAACUUGUAUCUCUUCCUCCUAACCAUGCUAAUAUAUUCCCAGUUGACAUUAUCCUUUUCUUUGA